ACAAAACAAUAACAUCGCCAGACUAUUGUCUGCGUAAGGCAUAUCCCGCUACCCCCCCAGCCUUACCGUUAAUCACCAAACAACAAACAGAGCUUCGACAGCACGCCGACGACUCCCACCCUCCCCUACCGUCGUGUGAAUCCUGCCAUUCCUGUUGCGCGCACUCCACUCCACGACACGAAACGAAUCGGAACGAAACCCACGACAAAUGCGCACCCCAGGGUCCGAACCGCCGUUGCGAUCAUGAUGCGAGACCCGCGUCGCCGGAGUCCCGAGAGCUCCCGGCGGCGAAGAAGAGAGCGACGCGAUUCACGCGAGCAGCUUGCCGCCGGCAGCACCGUAUCGAGCAUGCCUGGCCCAUCCGCGCAGUUUCAGCCAGAACCAUCGCAACAACCAUCACAACAACCAUACCACCAACAAUACCAACAACAGUCGCUCCCUCACAUGUACUCUCAACCCCAAUACCCCCAGCCCUACCCUGACCCUCAGAGAUACCCCGAACCCGAGAGAUAUGCCGCUCGUCCUGAGACAUACCACGACCCUCAAAGAUACGGCCAGCCCCAGCCCCAGCCCCAGCCCCAACUACAACAAUACCCCCCACCUGGACAAUACCCCCCAGCCGAGGCUUUCGUGAACCCUCUGGGCUACACCGAGCAGCAACCAUAUGUCGAGCCCCAGUCAAACCGAGGAUAUCGCGAACCUGAGACGAUGCGCCCGCGGGGCGGCUCGAGUUCUUCCUCGUCAUCCUCGACCUCGUCCUCUCUCCUCAACAUCUCGGCCAAGAGCCCCAAGUUCGGCGGCGUCUUUAGCACCUUCUUCAGAGCCCCCUCGGAGCAGCGCAAACGUCGUCGCCGGAAGAAGCAGAAGGCCCGCAUCCUCUCUUUCGGCAACUCGUCCUCGUCCUCACUGAACUCUGACCUCGCCUAUGGCCGCGGCUACAUUGAGCGCGACAAGAGCCAGCGCGCCAGCCCGACGCCGCAAGGCUACCCGAGCCCCGCGCUGCACCGUGGCGAUACGGCUGCUGACGUUCCUCAGCGCCCACCCCCGGCGCCCCGGGACAAGACGGACGAAGAAAUCCUCGAAAUCGGCCGCCAGCUGCAAGACAUAGCGAGGAAACAGAACCAGGCCGAUCUGAAGGCGGCCUCAAAGUCUCGGACCUCCCAGAUCGCCGGGGCUGCCGCCGGGGCUGCCGUGGCCGCGGCCGCCUUCAGCCACUUGCGCCCGAAGAGCAAAACCGACAGCAAAACCCGGGGAUCCGGCACCUCUAAACCUAACGAAACCGGUUCUUCCUCGGAUGAUGACUGGGAAUCAGCCUCUGAAGAUGAGUCCACCACGGACGAAUCGGACAAUGGGUUGGUGUAUGGUUCCGCCUUCAAGCCCGCCAAGUCGGCCAGGAUCUCUUCCGAGCCGCCGGAGCAGAUUAAGCCGCCUGAACGGAGGAGCACCAUUGUAGACCCCCGUCUUUUUGGCCCCGUCAACUCUCUUCGGGGUGCCGUCAAGAGCCCGUGCGGCUUUGGUGAGGAGGACCCCCGUUCCGCCGGCUCGUCUCGUCGCCACCACGAGGAGACGAUAGCUCAGGUCGAAUCCCCCAAGGCCUUCGGUAAACAGCCGAUGCAACGCAUCUACCCUGUACCGACCUCGGACCCGGAUAAGUUUGACUACGAUCGUAGCUCUGUAACAUCAUCGCGGCAGGAUCUCUCGCAACGUGCCCGACCCGAACCGGUCCCCAUCCAGCAGCCCAUCCCCAUUGUCCCUUUGUCGUCCAAGGUCUAUGAUGCAGAGAGGUUCGAAGCGGAAGAAGAGCGCACCAAACAACGCCGGCUGCCACCCAGGGGGAGGAGUGCCGCAGAGAACGCCAUUGCCGGUGUAGGCGUAGCGGCCGCGGCCAUUGGCGCCGCCAUGGCUUCUAACCGUAGAGACUCCGGCGACUACCCCGAACAUCGCGACGAUCGUCCAAGUGAAGCCCGGGAGCGGCGAGGCGACCCCCGCGACUCCUGGCAGAGCCACCGUAAGGAGGAACCGGAACAGCCGAUCCGGAUCGAACUGGAGGACCGCGAAACUCACAACCACCAUGACGCUCGCCAACCCCGUCGGCGUGACGCUGUGGACGUUGUCGACGAACGAGACAAACGUUCCGGUUGGUCCGACCCCGCCUACGAGGCUCUGAAGAGACGCGAGGCCGAGCCCGACCCUCGCUCGGAGGUGUACAGACUGCCUCAAGGUGAAGAGAUCCGAGUCGAGUAUGACCAAACAGAUGACCGUCGCCAGCCUCGUGAAGAGCCCAAGGAGCUUCCGAAGAAUGUUCGCAAGCCAGUAGCUGUAGACGAACCCCGGGAUGCGAAGUGGAUAGAGAAGCCAACUGAGUCGCCCCGAGAAAACCAUGGGGUGGAGCAACCCGAGGCCCCCAGUACACAAGCCCCUAUUGACCCUUUCCAGUUCCAGGUCGCUGAUGAUGCCUUUCAAACCCCUAAAUACGCCACGCCGAAGAGGCCCCUGACCCCCCAGGUCGUAACGGUCGACCGCGAACCCAACUUCGACGAUUCCCCGCCAAGGAAGCCCGACUACUCCGAGUCGCGAAUGAGCCGCAAGGACUCGUUCGAGCUCGAGCAGCGGCUGGAGAAGUAUCAGCAAGGCGCCCGAGACCGGUCCCGAACCCCCGAACCACGCCGCAGAGCCUCGAUCGAAGAGGAGGCCAAGCAUGCCACCGUGCCCAUCGCCGUGGCUGCCGUUGCCUCUGCAAUCGCGUUGGAAGAGGAGAGGUCCCGGAAGCAUCGCCAUGAUCAAGCUGCCGACAAUGGCUCCCGGGAUAGCUCCCAGGCCGCCAUCAAGGAUGCCGUACAGGAAGAGGCUGACAAGUACUACCGCGAGACCGUCAUUGCCCGCAAGAUCGCCAAGGACGAGAUCAGGUCGCGCAGUUCAUCUCCCCAUGACGAAUCCGUCGUCGGCAAGUGGCAAGAACACGAUGAUGGCCCCGAGAUCGUUACAAUUGUGACGCCACCCGAGAUGGACCACCACCAUGACAAGAGCCCAUACGAUGCGCCCAACGCCGAUGUUCGCAUCGAUCAUGUCAUCAUCCCUGAAGAGCUAUCGCGCUUCCGCCUCCCCGGCCACCAGCUCGCACCUGGCGAAGUACCCCUUUUCCAGACUCGUGACCCUUCUUGCGAGCGUGAGAGACCCCUCUUGAACCUCGUCCUGCCUACUCCGGUGGUCACGCCGCGUCAUACGCCGGCCCCUGAGCAGCAAAAGGACCCGAGGUCGUCAAGUCGGACGCGGGAAACCACCCGACAAAGAUCGGCGGACCCGGCCGAUGAUGCUCCUUCAUCUGAUGACGUUGCACCUGCAGCUGAAAUUGUCCUGGGGCCAAGAGGCGAGGUCAUUGAAACGCCCACGACGCCUAUUGCCAAGUCGGUCACCCGGGGCGAGAACGAGACCGAUAAGUUCAACUCCGAGAGCCCGGAGUCUUCCAGGCAUGCCGCCUCCAGCACCCCAAGCAAGCCGAAGAAGAAGAAGAAGCUCGGGAAAAGCUCACCAUGGGGCAUCAUUUCCGCGGCGGUGGGCGGUGGAGCAGCAGCGGCGGCGGUGGCAGCCCCCGAGAUGCGCGAUCCCUUCGAGAGAAAGCCGGACGAGAACAGAGAGAGGCACAGCCCUCCCGAAUCACCCAAAUCCCGCGGCAUUGAACCCGUUGCUGAGCAUAUUGUUCUUCCGGCUUCUCCCAAAAUCUCUACAUCGUUCGAGGAUGAGCACGACUUGCCUCCUGCCCCUGGCCCCAAGCCGUCCAGCCCUCAAACAUCGCGAAUGCCUGGGGCCUUUGCAGAUGAUCUGGAGUUCGCUUCUGUACUGGCUGCUGGCCUGCAAGACACUGGUUUUGAUCCGAACAUUGUCAUUGACAAUCCUACCUACAUGCGCCGUGACAGCCCUCCAGGCCAGAGCGAGCCGGCUGUCUAUCAGCAGCCCUUCGCCGAGACCGUGACAGAUUUGGGUAUCUAUGGGCCUGAAGGACCCCCCGCCCCAAUGGAGCGCGGGUUCGUCGUUGGCGAGGUGCCAGAAACUCCGGUCGUCGAGAGGGACUUGGAAGACGCUCAUGCCACCAAAUCUCCUCGGGUGAGAGAGCGUCGCGACAAGGGCAAGGCCAAGGAGACGCCACUCGUGGAGCAGGAGCCGCCUGUUGAAGAAAAUGAGCUGUCCAGGAAGCUUAGCAAGAAGGAGAAGCGCAAGCAGAAGGCAGCCAAGAGGCAAAGUGUGGACAACGCGCCGGCCGAUGAGACCCACGGCAUUCCCGAGGCCACAUCGCGACCUGAACCAACCCCCUUCUCAGAGGCAGUUUCUGGUUACGAGAGGCCCCGCAGCCACUACGAAAUCCCCGGGGCUACACCACAGGACGGACCGGCCUCCUUUGCAGACCCCGGUCCUGUUUAUGGCCGGCCUCACACCUACUACGGAGUCCCCGAGCCCACACCGCUCUCUGAGCCAAACCCCUACUCCGAUACGGUAUCUGCUUACGACAGGCCGCGCGGCUACUACGAAACCCCCGAGAUGACUUCGCAGAACGGGCCGGCUCCCUUUGCCGAGACAGCUCCUAGUUACGAGAGGCCCCGUGGUUUCUACGAUACCCCUCAGAGCCCCGAAACUGUAGUUGCGCUAGGUUCCAAGACUCGUGGCAUCCAGGAUGUCCCGAUGUGGGACUUGCCAGCCUCUUCUGACGUACCUCGUUCUUAUGGCGAAACCCUUGCAGCUGCGGCAUCGACAUCCGAGACAACGCCCGCUGACUACGGGUCUGUCGCUCCUAGCAAGUCAAGCAAAAAAGAAAAGAAGGAAAAGAAGAGGAAGAGCAAGUCAUCAAGAUCCGAAGCCAUCGUUGUUCAAGAGGGCGAGGAUGAACCGCCCAACGACGAAAGAUUCCCUCGCGACGAGCCCGGUGCUUCUCGGGAGACGCUGCCAGAGGGUGAUCUGUACCGUUUCGACGAGCCUCAGGAGACCGGCGACGAUGCGCGGGAGAUAUCUGCGAGGGAGAAGCAGCCCAAGAAAUCCAAGCAAAGCUCGGACGAAUGGACCGACGUCGACAAGCAGAGCGAUUUCACCCCCACGGUCGAGCGAAGCAGCACCCGCGAUGACUUUCAGGACUGGGACGAUCUUCCGCCGAAAUCCCAACGGGACCGUUCCAGGUUCGAGGAGCGGGAUGCGAGCUCUGUGGUAUCAGACCCAUCGAGUCGACUUGGGAAGUCGGAUCACCGCUCUAAAAGCAGUCGGCAUGAAGACAGAGACGUGAGCUCCGUGGUAUCCGACCCUGGGAGCCGGCGAGAGAAGUCUGAACGGCGAUCCAAGAGCAUCCGCGACGAGGACAGAGACGUGAACUCCGUGGUCUCUGACCCGUCGAGCCGGCGUGACAAAUCAGAACGCCGCUCCAAGAGCAUCCGUAGCGAGGAGCGCGACACGGGCUCCGUAGUCUCUGAUCGCUCAUCAAGACGCUCCAAACCCGAUCGCCGCUCCAAUGGUACUCGUUAUGAGGACGGUGACGAUGCCAAGUCAGUUGCGUCCGCAAGCUCGAGUCGUAAGAGGCAGAGUGACGACCAGAAGAGCCCCAAGGAGGAAGAGAAGCGCAGCAGUGGCGGCUUCUUCAACAACCUCUUCCGAGGCGGCAACAGCAAGGACGGAUCCGGCAAGGAUGACAAGUCGUCUUUUUUAGAUAAUGCCGGCACCCUUGGCGCGGGUGCCGGCUUGGCGAGCGCCGUGGCAGCUUUGGGCUCCAUGAUGUCCCGCUCCAACGCCACCGAAGCUCAGCUGCAAGAGUCGGCCGAUGUUGCUCGGCCCCGGGGGAGAUCCGCCAGUCCCGCCCGAGAUGUCGACAUCGUCGAUCCCGAGAUCGCGCCGCGGGUCAUCAGACCUGCCAUCGAUCCUCAGUAUGGCGACUUCCUCCCUCUGCCACCCAGCCCCAUGCCGCCAAGCACGCCUGGCUCUCCCACCCAAGAGCUGGAGGAGCUCCCCGCCUUGCCAGACAGCCGGCCGGAGACGCCUCCGGAGGAACGGAGACGUCAGCACGAAACGAAGACGCCCAAGACGCACGCGCGGAAACGCAGCAACAUGGAGACGCCGACCCGAAGUCCAAGCCAAACCGCCGUGCCCUUCAAGUUGCGGCUGGGACAGAGGUCGGCGCCGUCCUCUCCCGGCACCUUUGGCGCCUCGCCCGUCUCCUCUCCCACAGUGUCCACGGCGCCGGAUGUCGCCCAUACCGCCCACAUCACCCCUCCCACUCCCGCCGCCUCCCAUGCCAGACGUCCCUCUAGACCGAUCUCGUGGGAGAGCAGCCGCGAGAUCAAGCCUCUCUACCUGCUGGAACAGGCUCGACAGGAAUCCGCAGCCCAGUCGCUGGAGCCACCCUUUGACUUCCCGGAGCUGCCUCCGAGCGAGCCGUCAUCGCGAGAGUCUCCUGCGCCGGAAUUCUCGUUGCGCGAAGACGAUGUGAAAUACUUCCAUCAGCUCCAGGACUCGCCUUUCGAGCCUGACGACCUUCGCAUCGAUACCGAUAUGCCGCAGUAUCGUGAGCAGCCUGGCCGCCAGUUCGGCUUUGAGGAGACCACUCCCAAGGCAGAGCAUGCAGUCCAGCACACCGGUGCCAUGUUUGAGCGAGCCUCAUCGGCUCUUCCCGAACUGCCGGACGCCGCCAGACAGUUUGGCUUGUCAGAGCACGAGUUGGAAGAGUUGCCAGCUCUUCCCAUCAGCCCUCUGGCGUCCCCUACCGUGCCAGACGUAGUCGGGCAGCCAAACCUUUCUCAGCCUGACCCGGAGCAGUUGCCAGCCCUUCCCGACAGCCCCUUGGAUUCGCCGGCAACGAGACUCGAAGCCGGGCCAGCAGAGACCCAUUCUGACGAGAGGAGCCUCUACGGGCCCGCAUCGCCUGCCCUUCCUACUGUCGCGGACACUAGUCGGCAAAUGGACUCUGCGCAACCCGAGCUGGACGGAUUGCUGGCCCUCCCUGCCAGCCCGAUAACUACUCCGACUACCGUUGUCGCAGACUACCCCCAGCAGCCGGACAUCCCAGAGUCGAAGCUGGAGGAGCUGCCCGCUCUUCCCGACAGCCUUGCGGCAUCCCCGAAUGCGAUGCCCGAGCCGGAACCAGUCGAAACCACGUCCAAAGAAAGAAGUUCGUAUCUCCUGUAUUCGACGCCCCCAUCAAUCAUCAAAAAUCUAAUGGAUCGUGACACACCAGACACACCACCCAGCCCGACGCCAAUCAGAUCUACCGAAACCGCGCUCGCCAUACCCGACGUCGAAGAGCAUGUUUCCCCUAGUCGCCGCAACGCUGCCAUCGGAGCCUUGGUCGGGGGUGCUGCUGCCGGCUUCGCAGCUGCCUCGCUCAUUGACCGUGCCGAAGUUGAUACAGAAGCCAGAGACUUGGAGACACCCGCCCCAGAAGCGCCUGUUGAGGAAGAGAAGAAGUCCAAGAAGGACAAGAAGAAGAAGAAGAAUAAGGCCAAAGGGGCGUCCACCGACAACGGCAUGCUUCCAUUGACCGACAUCUCUUCUCCUGUUUCUACAGAAGACAAAGACACUGUGCCGUCGGUCGAUGUCGCGAAUCCUGCUUCAGCCAAAGAGGCGGCUGCUGUCUCAGACGAAGUCGCCCGCUUUUUGCCUACCGAUGAGCAAGAAACGCCGCUGCCCCUAACUGAGCAUACACCAUCUGCUUCAGUUGGACAGGACGAGUCAUUGCCUGUCGAUGCGGGUCCUACUGCCCAAACCGAGGAUUCUGCUCUCGCCGCCGUCGAGGAUGCUACGACGCUGCCAGUCGAGGCUGGCCUUUCUGCGCCGGUUGAGGCUGAAGUCUCUUCGGCCGAGUCUACUGUCUACGAUGCUCUGCCACCGUUGCCAUCGGUCUCCGCCGACGAGGAGGCCCUUCUUUCUGUUGACGCCGAUCUUUCGGCUCCAGUUAGUGAGGACACUGUGCCUUGGACCCAGAACACUCAACCCCUCGACCUCACCGACAAGGCGCCCCGAUAUGUCGCGGAUCUUUCGGGUGGGCCAACCGGUGCUGAUCAAGUGACUGCGAUUGACUCCCGUCUUGCCGCUGGCGAUGUUCCCCUGGCGCGCAAUACUACAGCCGAGGGCGAGGUUGCCGGACCCUUGGCCGCUGAGCUCCUCGCAGAAGACACCGCCGGCGGAAAGAAACUGUCCAAGAAAGAGAAGAAGAAGCUGCUCAAGAUCAAAAAGGCUUGGGAGCAGGCCCAGGCGGAGAUGCAGGAGCUCGAACGUUCUGCAGAGUCUAACGGGCAGUACAGCAAGGCCACCUCCGAGGUAGACGCACCGCUUGCCUCAUUGCCUGAGCCUGACGGGGCCACGGGUACCAAUGAAGCCGAAGAGGCUGCCGCCGUCCCGCUACCCGACAUGUCGGAUUCUGCCGAAGAGGCCUUGUUACUCGAGCCCGAGGAGUCCGUGGAAACGACUCAAGUAAAGCAGAUUGCUGAUACUCAGCUUCCGAACGUUCUGGAGAGGAGUUUGGAGGCCUCUCUGCCCGAGUCUGAAGAAAUCACAAAGACAGCUGAAGCUGGACAGGCUGCUGUUACUCCGCCCGUAGAGAUUUCUGAGCCCGCCGUGGAACCUUUGCUGGAACCAUCUGACAACCCCGAGAAGGCCAAGGACACGCAAGAUGAGCCUGGACAGUCUGAACCAAACCCGGCUCUUGAAGAAUCAACCGUUGCCCCUGAAGACUCCCGAUCAGCAUUGGCCGACUUUGACCGUUCCAAAGAGGUAUAUGAGGCGGAGCUACCCGCGGCCCCUCUGAUUCCCGAACCUCCGGUUCCCGAGACUAAGACGAGCAAAAAGAAGAAGAAGAAGGGGAAGAAGGUCGUGGAGGAUGAAAUCCCGACAACUAUCCCGGUCCCUGAAGCCCCGGCUGCUUCUUCCCCGGCAGACAGUCCUACUCCAGCCAAUGACGCAAAGUCUUCUGACCGGGCCGACGACGUUCAAUCAGAGCAGAAGGCUCCAGUAGUCGAGCACCACGAUUCUCUUCUCGACGCGGAGGAGCCCCAGCAGCUCCAACAACUCCUUGCCACUGAAGUUGCUGAGGUCAAGUCCUCGAAUAUUAAUGACAACUACCCCAUGCCGCAACUUUCGCUUCAACCCUCGGAGGAGAAGACAGUUGAGCCGAUCAAGGCUCUAUCUGAACCCGAGACUCUGCCUCUCGAUUUUGUAGAGAAGCCACUCGAGCCAAGGGGAAUAUUGGGCGAGCAGCAGCCUGCCGCCCAGGAUCAAGAAGACAAGCCUAUUGAGCAGGAUGUAAUCUCCUUGGGGUUGCGAUCUGCAACUCCUGCGCAGCCGGCCUCGGCCAAGCUUGAGGAAGAUUUGCCAGAACAGCAAAAUUCUACCAUUGAGCCCACCGGCACACUGGGUAAUGUGGAUAGCCAGCCAGAGCAGCAAGUUUCCGCCGCCAAAAUCGACCAGACGGCCGCUGACGAGCCACGCGUCGAAUCUCGCGAGGUCGGGGAGCCAACGGAAACUUCAUCUGUACCAUUGUCCAAGAAACAGAAGAAGAAGUUGAAGAAGGCCAAGAAGAGCUUGACAGCAGACGACGAACUUGUGGCCACAGUCGAUACCAAGCCAACCGAGCCCGAGCCCGAGCCAGCUGCGGACCCAAGGCCUUCAAUCCUGUACGCCGAGGUAAAAGAAGAUGACAAUUUCGAAGCCCCCUCUGCAGACCUCGUCACAGAUGCCACGGCUGCAGCCAAGCCUGUUGAGCAGGCUGCCGAGGAUGUACCCGUACCGAUUGACAUCGUUGCGGAUGCCGCCGCCGUACCACUUCCUGAAGAUACCACUGAGACGACCGAGGUGCCACCCAAGGAGGGACUUGAACAAUUUGCAUCCCAGCAGAACGCUCCUGCGGUACCUGUUCCAGAGGUCACGCCCAAGGCUGAGGAGGCAUCCGAACCAGUGCUUGCUGAAACUGUUGCUUCUGCAGUACCUCUUCCAGAGGACGCUGUUGAGGAAGCGACCGCCACUGUCACUGAAACUUCUGAUACCAUGGCGACCGUCGUCAACAACGGCGAGAGGCCAACUUCUGAGUCUGCUGCGCCCGCGAGUGUGGAGGCGCCCUUGGCCGAGUCCGCUCAGCCGGAACCAUCAGGCAAGAAGAAGAAAAAGAAGAAGAAGGGUAAGGGUACCUCGCUAUCACAGCUGGACGAAUUGUUACCCGCCGAGACGACCCCUUUGCAGUCUCCAGGAACACAGACCCCCACCACCGAGACCACUGGUGACGCGCCUUUUGCCAUACAGGCCCCCGCGGCUGAUAGUCAAGCUCUUGAGGCUCCUGUCGUCGAGGGUCCUGUCGUCGAGACUCCUGUCGCUGAGGCUCCUGUCGUCGAGACUCCUGCGGUCGAGACCCCAUUAGGCGAAUCUGUUCCCAUUGGAGCUGACGCUAUUGAAGCAACUUCUACCGAGACGCCUGCCGCUGAGCCGUCUACUUUGGACGUUGCCAUUGCAGAGACCCUUGUCGAAAACCCGUUGGCCGAUGAACCUACUACAAAGACCCAACCCACAGAAAUCGUCUCCGCCGACGCGCAGCAGUCGGAAGAAUCUAUUCUUCAAGCCACCGAGCCAAACCCAGUCAUCGAGAGAACGGCUACUACGGUGGUAACCCCCGAGACACCCACUUCUUCCGCCAUUUACGGCGAGCAAAGUGAAACUCCUGCUCUGGCCGAGGAGACUUCCAAGGCUUCCAAGAAGUCAAAGAAGAAGAAGAAGAAGGACAAGAAGGCGGCCGAGACAGAAGCCGAGGCUAAUGCCGUGGUUGCCGACAAUGGCCCAACUGAACCCGUGGAUGACACUUCACACAAUCUACCAGCCGACGAGACGCCAGCUGAGGCGGACACACAUCUCGCGCAAGAGCCAGCUGCCGCAGUCGAGGAAGCACAGCCUAGCGAUGCUAAUGCCUUGGACCCCGCACUAGAGGGGACACUGAACGCUGAGUCGCAAACGCCAACGAUGACAGAAAGCCAAGACGAAGCUUUCGUCACGCCUUCGCAAGCACCCGCACUGGAGAUUCCUACGGAGGUUUCUAUGAGCCUAGUUGAGACAGUCGAGCACCCAUCUCAGGAACCAACUUUGGUCGAUAGCCAGAUUGACUCGUUUGAUGCCCAAGCCCAACAACCGCUCGGCGACGAAGACAAAGAUCGUGGUCUGGAUUCUCCAAUUGAGCCCGAAGCAUCCGCCAGUUCCAAGAAGAGCAAGAAAAAGGCAAAAAAGGCUGCAGCGGCUGCCGCCGCCGCCGCCGUCGCCGCAUUGGAAUUGACCGUCGAGGAUGCCACCAAGGAUACGCACGAUAAGGAGGCGAAGGACGAAACGAUCACGGACAACGGGAUUUCGAAGACAAUUUUAGACAAGACGGGGGAGAUGGAGCAAUCAUCGCAAGAGCCCCCAACAAGCGGAGAAUUCGCUACGGACAGCAAGAUUUCAGAGGAGGCAGACCCAGGGCCAACUGUUACCAAAAAGGGCAAGAAGAAGAAGGGCAAGAAGUCUUCAACCCUGGACCCGGAGCCUGAGCACGGCGCGUCCACGAGUACCCUCGAAACCACGGCAGAUGUAGCGAAUACAAGAGAACAGUCCGCUUAUAUGACCUCUCCGACGGGAGAGCCUAGCAGUGACGAAAUCCCCCUCUCGCAAGCAGAUACCCCGACGGAGGCCGAAUGGCCAGCCUCUGCAACUGCGAACAAGAAGAAGAGAAAAUCCGUGACCUGGGCGCCGGAGCUAGAGUCAUUCUCGACCAGCCCCGACCCUCCUCUGCUUCAAGAAGACGAGGGUCCCCGGGACGAUCUGAGCACUGAAGAAGGGGGAUCCGUCCCCGCCUCCGCCUCUGCCCCCGAAGAGACUGAGUUACAGGGGGCCCACGACAAGACAAUGGGAGCGGACUUACCAGAGGCGAUCGGUCACGGCGAUGGCACGGCCUCGCAAGGCAUCGAUGUAGGCCAAAAAGCAGCCACAGCCAUAGCCGAGCCGGAGAAGGUCUUGGAGUCGGAGGGCGGCCAGGCACAGACGUACCCUGCAGGCAAGCCUAGCAGAGAGGCCCUGUCGUCUGGGCUUCUGCAAGACACAACCCCGAACGCCAAGGAUGACGCUCCGCCAUCGUCUGGGCUGAAGACCACGCGGGGAGUUACAGGCGAGCUAACGCCCACUCCUGCCCUUUCCAGCACGGGCGUUGAGGUGGCCAACCGGAAGGGCGGUGAGACACUGUCGCGGGUGGUGGACGCGGAGCAGCAGGUUAGCGCCGAGGCUGAUGCAACAUCGGACCCCGAAGCUGCGGGCCGCGCUGACACCAUUGACGAACCACCAGCGGGAGCCAGCGCCCAAACGGGACAGGUCGGCAUCCCAGACCCCGGUCUGCAUGCGAAUGUGGGGCCUGCCGGUGGAUUGGGUGCCGACGAAUCACUGGCAGACACGCGGAACGGGCGGAUAGCGGAUGCCCAACCCGUGGGCCCGGCCCUCACCGACUCGGCCCUGGAGGAGGCUGGAGACCCACACGGCACCCCGGUCGUCGCCUUGGCGGACCAAGACACAAACACGGCGAUCCCCCAGCCGCCUCUGGAUCCCGUACCCAGUCGUCGUCCGUUGGAGGUUGGCGAAAUUUCUGAAGCGGGGGUUCCUGACGCUUCUACUGCUGCUGCUGCUGCUGCCGCCGCCGCCGAGAAUCUUCUUCUGGGAGACGAACCACACGGCAAGAUCAAUAUCUCAGACGUCGUAACGAAGGAAGAAGCGGGAGACGCAGACAAGGACGAGAAAGAAGACACCCACGAUCUUCUCGCCACCAAUGCUGAAUUCCCAGGUCAGCCAGACAUCUCGGAAUCGCUGGGCGAGCCGACUACUUCGGAGCCGCAAUUAGAGCCGCUCCCCGAGACCCUUCCAGGCCUUGAGCCAACAGGGGACGUGGGCACUACCACUACCACCACCAUCACCCCCCAAACCCCCGACCAGACCGAGACACAAGCCGGCCAGGAAGCCGACGCACGGUCUGAGCCAACAAGCUUGAGCAAGAUGUCCAAAAAGGACAAGAAGACCAAGAAGAAGACCAAGGCUGGAUCCGCCGAGCCUGUUCCGCAUGAUGAUGCCCAACAUGUCAAAACCCAGAUUGUGGACGAUGGAGCUCCGGCCGUCCGAGCUGUUGACGAAGCGGUCCAAGCACCGGGGGAAGCGGGGCCGGACCCCUCGUCGGAUGCCCCCGGUGCCCCCGAGGUGGCCCCCGUGACGGAAUCAGUCGAGGCCGGCGAGGACGAAUGGGCAGUUCAGCCGACCAGCAAGAAGAAUAAGAAAGACAAGAAAAAACGCGCUGCUGCCGAUAUUGCUGCCACUGCUGCUGCGGCUGCUGUUACUGCUACGACAACAGAGCAAGGCAAUGAGCCUGCAACUGAAGCAUCUCCAGUCCCUGUCGAGGCAGAAGCCAUCUCCCAACCCGCAUUGGAUGAGACUUCCAAGAUUGACCCUGUUGCCGAUCAGCAACCAACUCCGAUACCAGUAGACACAGCAGAGACUCCUGCUGACUCAUUGAGAUCCCAAGAGUCCAAGGAAAACCAAGAGACUUUGGGCCCUGCAGAGGAGGAAGCUCACAGCCCGCCAGAGCCAACAAGUGGCAUUCCACACAGCUCCGCAACCACAAAUGAGCAGCCAGGAGAGCCUGAGGAGGCGGGUGCUGGUGUCUUUGAGACUACUAAGAAGAGCAAGAAGGAUAAGAAGAAAAAGAAGAAGCAAAGCGUUUCUUUGGAUGACAGCCAAGAGCUCACUUCACCCUCGGCUGAACAAGAGGGAUCAUCUGAAUCUCAAAAAGGCAUAACAGCACUCGCCCCACCUCCUGACGACAACAUCUUGCCUGACACUCAACAAAUGACGAGCGGCAAUGCUUCUGCGUCAAACAAGGCAGCGCCUGAGGACCUGCAAAAGACUCUGGUCCAGGACGAAUCGACUUUGGUCACCGCGGGCGCACCUACAACCCAACAGCCGACAGCAGCCGAGUCCACCGAUGCACUGACGACUGUUGAGUCUCAAGCUGCGUUAGGAUUGCCAACAGACCAAGUCAAGGACACCAGCUCUACUUCACAAACAGAACCCGAAAUCCCUUGCGAGAGCACGGUGCCGUUGCAAGAAGAAGAAAUCCUACCGACUGCCGCGAAGAGGUCGGAAAAGGACAAGAACAAGGACCUUGCUUCCGACACACCGGCGGAAGCACCCGCAACACCGGAGCCCGAGCCAGCGGUUGAUCAACCUCUACAUUCAGCCGUGGACCAUACUUCCGAACCAGCAUUCGCCCUUCCCGAGACUCCUGCUGCCCAAGAGCAAACUCCUCGGCCCGUGAAAGAGUCCACCUCUGCGGACACUACACCAACCAUCGAACCACUUUUCGUUCCUUCAGACACCCCUAUCGUUGAGGAGCAAAUCUCGACACCCGUGGAUGAGGAGGUUUCUAUACCCAAGAAGUCGAAAAAGGACAAGAAGAAGAAAAAGAAGGGCGCUUUGAUUGAUACCCCCGAAGAGCAGCUACCGGCCAUGGUGGAGGAUACUGCGCCGGAUUCCAUAACCGCGCCACAGGCUGCAGAUACUCUUGAGGAGCCAGUUCUUCCUGCCGUUGAGGACGCCAUUCAGUCGACACACGCGCCAAUCGAUGAGACGGCACUUCCACCAGAGACCAACCAAUCGCAGGAGGUGAACCCCGCCGAAGCAGAAUCUGUGCAAGACCCAUUUGCUGGUCUGAGCCAGAAGCAGAAGAAAAAGAAGAUGGCCCAAAUGGAGAAAGCUGCUGCUGCUGCCGCUGCUGCCGCCGCCUCUGCUGAGGCCGAUCAAAUGCCUGCAGAAGAGACGCCCUCUACAGACAAGCUUGUCGAAAAAUCUUCUGCCGAGGAACCUACAGGAGAAGAAAUUCUCGUCGAAAACCCCGUCAUCAAUGAACCCGCCGUUAGAGAGGCUGCCAAGGAGGAGGUUGCCAAGGAGGAGGUUGUCAAGGAGGAGUCCCAACCAGAACCGAUGCCCAUGCCAGAACAAGAUCUCGAAUCGCCACAAGUUGAAUCUGACCCUUUUGUUGGCCUGAGUAAGAAGCAGAAGAAAAAGAAGAUGGCCGAAAUGGCCGCCGCUGCUGAGAAGGCCGCCGCUGAGAAAACCAUCGCCGAUGCCGACACAAACCCCGUCGAGAAGAAAUCCGUCGAAGAAGUCCUCACCACGGAUGCGGAGAAGAACAAGGUUGUUGAGACACCUGCUGAAGUCGAUCCUGCCAAAAUUGAUACUAUCGAAACCCCGCUAAUAGAAGACAAUCUCGCCGACGACCAGCUUAUCAAGGAGGCACCGACGCCAGAAGCACCACAAGCAGAGGGAGAGCCCUUCGUUGGACUUGACGAGGCCGAAGCUACAGCCGUCGCUGCCACAGCUUCUAAGACCGCGGCUGUUGAAACCACUCAGGUUGCAGAGGGGAAUCCCGCCAACAAGACUAUUGAGGACAAUACUGCCGACGAGAAGCCCUCCGAGGCUGUCGUCGAGGACAAACCCGCCGAUGAGAAUGUUACCGAGCAGCCUGGAUCCGAACCACCGACCACUCAGAAGGACCCUUUCGCUGGCCUGAGCAACAAGCAAAGGAAGAAAAAGAUGAAGGAAAUGGCUGCUGCUGCUGCUGCUGCCGCCGCCGCUGCUACCGAAGCAAAAGAGGUUGUUGAGAAGCCUGCCGAAAACAUGACAGACGUCGCCUCCGCCGAGCAGCCCCCGGUUCUUGAAAACGAUUCGCCUUCUGCGCCGCUCGUGGAUGUCUCCAAGGAGGAAACUGUUCCAGAGCUUGUCGAAGAAAAGGAAGCUACCCAGUCAGCGGAGGCUACCAACCCGGAGGUCGAGUUUCCUGCCCUGGAGAAAAAGUCCAAGAAAGACAAGAAAAAGAAGGGAAAACUUUCCCAGUCCGAAUCAAUCGUCAACCCCGACCCUGAGCAACCGUCAGCAGAGCAGCAGCCCGAGCAGCCGCUUGUGCCCGAGCACCAACCGGAAAUCCCACCUACAGCGCAAGCAGAGGUUGAAUUUACACCCAUACAGACAGACCAAGCGGCGGUUGCUCCCUCCGAGGAACUGGCUGGCCCGGAGGGCACAUUGGCAAAUGAGAAACUGCCUGAGGUGGAAGAAGCCACACUGGAUCAACCGGCCGGGGCAGUCCAACCAACGGAUUCCGAACAGACAUUCCACUCGACCGGUAAGAAAGCUGAGGAAGUGGAAAAGAUGAAGGGGCUAGGCGAUCUCGGGGAUGAAAUCCAAUCUCCAACCACCACUCCACCCCAGGUCGACGAGCACUCCGUUGUUGAACCGCUGUCGGUUGGGGCUAUUAUCGCUGAUCAGACUGCUGUCGCCCAACCUGAUCAACUGCCGGUCGAGAGUCAAACGCGGUCCGUCGAGGUUGAGAACCAGCUCAAUGUUCCCACAACUCCAGAUGCCAAUGCGGAAGACGAGUUCCCAUUGACCGACAAAAAGGCCAAAAAGGUCAAGAAGAAGAAGGGAAAGACCCUAGACUUGACCGAAUCGGACCCUUUGACUGAGCCUGCUGCGCCGGAGGUCACUCAAUCUGUCGAUGAGCCCAAUGCAGAAACUGUUGUUGUGCCCUCCCCUGAGAAGUCGUUGGAGACAUCCAAGUCCGGAGAGGCUGUUUUCGAAGAGCCCUCGUCAGUGGUGCCUGAUACACAGAUUGACCAGUCUGCCGACCAGUCAGCACUGUCCGAACACAUAGAACAGAUUCACGAUGAGGUAGCUAAGAACCUCCCCGAGCAGGCAAACGUGGACAAGACUCAGCCUGUCGAUUUUGCGACGCCAGACAACCCUUCCAAAUUCUCGGACGACGAUCCCUCAGCCCCGAAACUGUCAAAGAAGGAUAAAAAGAAGAAGAAUAAGAAGGCCAAGCUUCAGGACGACUCCAGCCCCCCCUCUGGAACUGCAACGCCCUCGGCAUUGGAGCCGUCUGAUCCUUUUAUCGUUUCCUCUCUUGAAGCCCAAGGUAUUCUAGACACAUCUGGGGCAGUUACUGCAUCUGAGGAGCCAGCCGAGGUAUCGAGAAGCCCACCAAAGGAGACUUCAGCUACCCAAAAUGACAGUGUUGGCGCAGUCGCAGAGGAAACUUCAUCAUCUGGCGACCUCUCUUCCAACAAAGCAACACUUGAAGAACGCGCCCCCGAACCUGAGUCUUCCAACUCGACAACAUUGCCCCCCGGAGAGAGCGACCUACCGCCGCUCGACAACAUCUCGGUCGAGCAUACCCCAGCCCAGGACGCUGAUGCCAUCGAGUCUGCUCUUCCGACAACCUCGCAGGAACCAAGGCAGGCCGCUCCGGAGCCAGUCAUUGCUGAGCCCGAAGAAGAAUUCCCCACCACGACCAAGAAGUCGAAGAAAGACAAGAAAAAGAAGAAGGUCAAAUCAGUAGACGCCAUGCUUGUCGAGUCUGAGGAGCCGAUCCUGCUUGCCACAAGUCAAGAGCAGAUUACGGCUGGCGACGUUGUUGAAGCUAAGGAAGCUCCCGUUACUGAUGUGGAUGUUUCCCGUGCUCCCGCGGCGGCUCCAACUGAGACUUCUACUGAGAACCCCGUUGAGGUCCCAAGCGAGACCUCCGUCGAGAUCCCUAUCGUCACUUCCAACGAUGCUUUCGUUGAAACUCCUGCCGAAUCCCCGAAUCUGGACGAGGAGUUCCCAUCGACCCAGAAGAAGUCCAAGAGAGACAAGAAGAAAAAGGAAAAGGCUCAAGACGACUCUGAACACACCUUUGAUACUGCCAGUCCGACAAAAGUACUAGAUGCCGUUAGCCAAGCAACGCAGCCGUCUGAUGCGUUUUUCGAGCCCACAGAAGCCUCCCGAGACGCCAAUCAACCUGCGGUGUCUUCUGAGCCCGAGCCCAUCAACUCCCAAGACCAGCUUCAAGCGGAGCCCUUCGCAGAACAAACCCUUGUGACGGCCGAGUCACCAGUACCACCGGCCGACGCCACUCAGAACGACGAAGAUGUUGUCGUCGCAGAACCUCAGCCACCCGUAGGAGAAGAAUGGCCUGAGAACACGCCCGCCAAAAAGUCAAAGAAGGACAAGAAGAACAAAAAGGCUAAGGCGGGCGAUGACUUGGACCGGGGCUCCGGAACUGCUACGCCAUUGGAAACAACCACCGAGGAAGUCAAAGAAACGACAUCUUCCAAAGAAAUCUCGACUGCGGAGGAGGGUCAAACUUUCAACGACGAGGUUGUUUCAAGCACACCGACUUUCGAACCUAUGGUCGCAGCACCAGUUCCGGAAACAUCGAUCCAAGAAGCGGAGGAACCUCGCUCUCUGACAUGGCAGACUGCACAAGAACAGCACGUCGACGAGCAGCGGGAUGUGCCGACCAAGUCGGAGCCUGUGACACUCGAGCCUGAGAGGAGCACUGGCGAGCCGGUGGUUGUUGAGGAACCGCAAGAGUUCGUCGUCAAGGUAUCCAAGAAGGACAAGAAGAAGAGAAAGUCUGCCCUUGCUGAGCGAGAACCCACCGAUCCAGCCAUGAGCCCAGCCAUCGAAGACUCGUCGGCAGGUUUGGAAAAUCCAAUCACGGAAUCGGUCCAAGAUCUUGUUACCGCUGAGCCAGUCACCGAGACUCCGGUCAUCGAAUCUACGGAAGACAUGGCUGCGCCCGCUGAUGAACGGACCGAGGCGUCAACCUUGAAGAAGAGCAAGAAGAAUAAGAAGAAGCAAUCUCUUCUCGUUGAGCCCGAGUUCGCUACUGAAUCGCAAGUCUCUUCGGUUGCUCCUGAGACCGAACCUCCGACAGCUCUUCCUCAACAUGACCUGACUGCCGAGGCCGACAUACCAGAGCCACUUUCUAACGCCAACGCCAAGCCAAACACCUUGACCAAUGAGCCUGAUACUGCACAUUCUACCGAGCCAGCGCCCGUCUCCGAACAUGAAUCGGAGGUCGCCCUUGAGAGCACGUCUGGUCAACAGCCCCAGAUUGAGACAGCUGAUGCCGCAGUCGAGACGCCUUCCAGUGUCUCCCUCGUUGAUGCCCAGCCGACCGUGGAGAGCCGUGAGGUCGACGAGCCAGCAAAGCUUGUUGUCCAGGAGCCGAUCACCGAGACAGUGCCAAGCGACUUGCCUGCAGAGGUGCCGACGACAAUGGCCGAGGAUUGGCCGGAGGUUGCAACCACCAAGAAGAAGAAGAAGGACAAGAAGAAUCGAAAGAGCCUGGCAAUGGAUGACGGUCAAGCCCAUUCUCCUUUGGCCUCUACCACGGCUGCGCCACAAGUCGACCUAGCCGAGGAAGCAAUCUUGGAGGCCGAGAACCAUACAACAGCCGAAGCGCCAGCAGAUGAACCCCCCGCGCAGCCUAUGGAUACCUCGUUCGAAAAGCCCGCAGUCGAGAAGAACACGGUCACAACUAAGAAGCAUAUCGAGCCACUCGAAUCCUCCGAGCUCGUUUCCACUUCCGAGAGACAGGACGAAACCAGCAAGAUCGAUGUUAACAGCCAACAGGAGCCCGAUGAGCUCUGCGCAACAACCGAAGAUACCCAGGUUGUUGAGCCUAUAGCGCAGCACGUGUCUGACACCUUUUCUUCCGUCGACAGUCCGACAAGUUAUUCCCCCACGGAGCGUGUUGUCCAAGAUGUUCAAGGGAGUAUGACCCUGGACAAAGCUGAGGACAACUUCGUUGUAAAAAAGUCGAAGAAGGACAAGAAGAAGAAAACGAAGAGUGCCAAUCAGGCUCUGUCGGAUGAUCCUGCGAUAACAGUUCUUGAGACCGCGGAAGCCUCUGAGCCACUUCCUGUCAUUGGACAAGCAGCUCCCAAGACUGCUUCUGAGGAGACAAGCCAAGAGUCCCGUGCUUUGGACAAGGUGCAGCAAGAACCCAUCGGAGAGGAAAACGAGUCCACGAGGCUAUUCUCUGCAGAUGAAUCAGCUACGCCACUGGAGGACCAAAUUGCCCCCAACAUCGAGUCUACGACUGAGAGCAAUGAGCCUGCACCCGAAAUAUCCACAAAUGUCGCCGACGUCGUCACUGCCGAUGUCGCUCGAUCCUCGGGAGAGGCGGGUCAUCAGACGCCCGAUGCUCCCACUCCGCAAAUCGCCAGUGAGCCCCCAGCGGCUGGUGAUGAUGAAUGGGACACACCGGUUACCAAGAAGUCAAAAAAGGGCAAGAAGGGCAAGAAACAGAACGUUUCUGUUGACCUUCGGGCCCCCGUCAGCGCUGGUCUCGACUUGCAGCGAGAUUCAUUGGUGCCUGAGCCCGAGCCUGAGCUGAGCAAAUCUGAAGAUGCAGCAGAAAAAACCUUGUAUUUCGACGAUGCAUUACGCGACAUUACUCGAAGCCCUUCAGCACUCCCGCCUCCCAAACCCGCUGCUGUACUUGAAUCUCUCGCGGAAGUUGUCCCUAAGCCUGAGCCCGAGCCCGAGCCCAAGCCUGAGCCCGUCUUCACCACCCUUCGCUCCGCCACAGCAAGCAAAGCGAUGGACAUUGACCUCACUCCUGCACAAGAAACCAGCAGCAUCGUCCAUGAGUUGCCCUUCAAGCAACCAGGCAAGCGUAAGAAGAUGAAGACGAGGGCGUUGUCAGACACCCUUCUAUCCGAGCCGAUCGUGGGCUCUCAAGAAACCCCUGCUGCGUACUUGGACAGCAGCCACGAAGUCCCGGUGGAGAUAUCCAGCAGGGCUACGGAACAGCUGCCGUUACGAGUUCCAGAGUCUGACACUCGCCAAGACCAAGAUCGAGCCGAGCCGAUGGCGGGCAAAGAUGCGUCUCAACAAAAGCCGAUUGUCUCUUCUCCCGGCGACGUAGCCACUCCGUACCUUGAGCUCAAGACUGACCAGGAGACGGGCGAGCUUGCCCAGCCAAGAACACCUGACAAACAGCACAAGCCCGAGUCUUCCGGAACGGGUAUCGCAGUCGGAGCGGCGGCAGCGGCAGCUGUUGCAGGAGCCGUCGUCCUCGCGAACGAAUCUAGUAGCGCGGCCAAAAAGAAGAAGGGCAAGAAGUCCAAGUACGAAGACAAGCGCGCGCCGCAAGACGAGGACAUGUUUGACGACCCUUCUCUCUGGGAAGGUGUCGACAGGAAGCAUGUCAACGAGGUUGCCAGCGCAGAAGUUCACGAUUUCUGGGGUGGUGAUGGUGAUGGGGAAGCCGCUGCUCCCGAAGUGGCGCAAAAGGCGGACGAUGUUUUUGGACCUACGACAAGAGGUUUGGGUAUUCAUUCAAGCCAGCCACACGACAUUGCGAUUCAGCCAGCGGAGCCCAGCACAUCUUCAGCAUCGCGGGUGCUGGAAUCAAACGAUGCAGAAGGCAAGAACAAGAGCAUUUUGAGCCUGGCUGCACCGCUCAAGGAGAAGGCUCAGGAGGAUAACGUCGAAAGCCCGAUCCUUGGUCGGGAAACCGGGACAGAGACAGCUGGUGUGAUGGCCGUCGACGAGACCCAGGAGCGUUCAUCAAGCCGGGGUGCAAACCCGUCCGGGACACAUACCAUGGUUAGCGACAUGGACGAAGCCGUUGAUCGUGGUUUCGAGGCCGAGACUCGCCGCGACUUGUCAGGCGGGCGUUCGUUAAAGAGCCCAGAACGGACCUUCGAAGUGAGCGGUUUCCGCAGCCCGGUUCCGACCAUCUUGCCGCCCGUACAGGAGGAGGCUCACGAAGGAGGCGAGACGGAAUACCGACUUCUUUACAGGCCGGCCUCUCGAACGACACUUGGUUCUCCGGACCCGACUCGCGACAGCGGAUUCGUUACCGGCUCACCCCAUCCUCCCUCCAGAAGGAGCGGCUUCGACGACAACGAACAGCGAGACAGCGGCGUCCAUCUUCGGGAGUGGCAAGAACAGAGACCACAAGACCGGGAUGGGCGACGAACGCCCGAGUUGAGGAUUCACAGGAGCGAGAGGCGGAGAUCGCGCGAGUUGGAGAGAGCAAAAUCACCAACGGACAAGACGACAAGUCUGCAGCGGUCGCCUUUCGUUGAAGGAGCAGAGGCCCACGACCACCCGCUCUCCAAGACUCCCGUACUCCGAGAGCCCAACGGACGAGAGUUGACUCCCGAACCGCACAAGUACAGACGAACCAUCAGCCCAGAGCUGGAGAGGAAGCGGUCCAAGUACCAGGACCUUGCCUCGGCGGCACUGGCCGGUGCAGCGAUUAGCAGCACCUGCUCGUCACCGCGCAGCACCCCCCCGCCAGGCAAUCGCAGCGUUUCCGACAGGGUUGCACGGCUGCAGUCACCAGCGCCUACACAGCCAGUUGCAGCGCGCAGGUCGACGUCCAACAGCAGCCUGUCACGGCACAGGCGGGCUAUGGGGACGCCAACCCCCGAGCCACUGAAGUUCCGGCCUGAUAGCCCAGGCAUCCAGCGGUCAGCCACUGCCACCCCGCCCCUCCGCCGGGCCGACAGGCGUGUCAGCGGAGACCUGCGAUCUCUCAGCCAACGAAGUCAGCUCGAUCUCACCAAGGACAACCAGGACCCCAAGGACCUGACCAGCUCCUCCUCCAACACCCCCGUCGCCAACGAAGGUCGUGUCCGCACAAAGGACAUGGCCGACGUAUAUGAUGGAUUCGGUGAAGGCCGCAUCGGUUCUCCCCGAUCGCCGACCCGACCGCACAGUAUGCGCCGACGCCAGAGCAUGCAAGUCCUCGAGCUGGAGUCUCGCGUCGAGCAAUUGAUGGCUGAGAACCGGAUGCUCGCCGACGCACGAUCCCACACCGACUCCCACAACAGCAACAGAGCCUCUGGCAUUCUGGCUGAACGCGAUGCCGAAAUCGACGUCCUCAAGCAAUCCCUCGAGUUCCUCCAAAAGGAGGUGGCCCGCCUGACCGAGGUCAAUGAGGGCAUGAACAGCGCUAAUGCCCAACUUGCUGCCCAACACAACGAGCGCUAUCGCUCGCUCGAGACGCAGCACGCUGACACCUCGCGCCGAUUGGAGGAAGCACGAACCGAACAGGGCCACUUCCAGGAGUCGCUGCUGCAAAAGGACGCCGAGAUUGGACGUCUCCGUUCCGAACUCGAGGCGGCCAAGGACAAGAUCCGGCAGAUGCAGCGGCAGAUCCUGGCCACCAAGGGCGCCGACAGCGAUUUCCUUAACGUCAGGGAUGUCGACCACUUCGACCACAGGUGCCAGCAACUCUGCUCUCACGUGCAGCAAUGGGUCCUCCGCUUCUCCAAGUUCUCGGACAUGCGCGCCUGCCGUCUGACCAACGAAAUCAACGACGAGAAGGUCAUUGACCGUCUCGACAAUGCCAUCCUCGAUGGCACCGACGUCGAUACGUACCUCGGCGACCGUGUCCGGCGUCGUGACGUCUUCAUGUCCAUGACGAUGAACAUGAUUUGGGAGUUCGUCUUCACCCGCUACCUCUUCGGUAUGGACCGAGAGCAGCGCCAGAAGCUCAAGUCGCUCGAGAAGCUGCUUACCGAGGUCGGCCCCCCGCAGGCCGUCCGACAAUGGCGUGCCGUCACCCUGACGCUGCUCUCGAAGCGGCCCAGCUUCAAGCACCAACGCGACCUCGACACCGAGGCCGUGGUCCAGGCCAUCUUCCAGACGCUGUCAAAGGUCCUCCCGCCCCCGUCCAACCUCGAGGACCAGAUCCAGUCACAGCUGCGCCGCGUCAUGCGCGAGGCCGUCGACCUCUCCAUCGAGAUGCGCACCCAGCGCGCCGAGUACAUGAUGCUCCCCCCGCUGCAGCCCGAGUAUGACGCCGACGGCGAGCUCGCUGACACAGUCACCUUCAACGCCGCCCUUAUGAACGAGCGCAGCGCCGACAAGGCCGUCACCAACGAGGUCCUCGAGGCCCAGAACGCCGUCGUUCGUAUCGUCCUCUUCCCCCUCGUCGUCAAAAAAGGUGACGAUGGCGGCAACAACGAUGACGAGAUCGUCGUCUGCCCCGCCCAGGUGCUGGUGGCUCGGCCCAAGGGCGGCAAGGCGGUCCGUCUGUUCACGCCCGGGAGCGACGUUGGCAACGCGUCGAUCGGCGGGCAGACAGCGGCCACUCACAGCGAUAUUAGCAUGGGGACGUUCCUACCCGAGCAAGCCUCAAACCGGUGAUGACAUGCAUACAUUCACACACGCACGCAUACACACACACACACACACACACACACACACAUAUAUACAUACACAUACACACCUACGCACGCACACACACACACACACACAAGCACACACAUCCGAAACCGUGAUAUAUAGCGACAUGGGGGGGUUGUAAAUGUAAAAUGAGACAUUUGCGCCCGAGGGAUUCGAUGGGAACGGGGAAUCAAAGGAACCAGGCCGGGGUACAUUGAGUGUCUGGGUAGAGGGAUACCAAAAAAACAAAACAAUGGUGACGAAGUUUACGACUACCAAUCUCAUUUUCAGGCUUUCAUGGGGGAAGUCGAAAAGAACGGCCUUGCUUGCGUUUCUUCCACCUUUUUUUUUUUUCUUUCUUUUUUUUUGUGGGAGGGUGCGCAACGAUACCCAUCGGGUUUCCUCUCCUUUGCUCACGAAC